AGCCUUUUUUUUUCAUUCUUUUUUUCUUUUUUUUCUUUUCGUUCCUUUUCUUUCUUCGUUCCUUUGUCCUCUUUUUUUUCCCUUUCACUUAAUUUACAAUUUUUUCACUUCUCUUUGUUGGCUUUGGAUUUCUCUGUUUUCUCCACUCCAUCAUCUGAAACAUCCACUUUUCUGAGUGUUCACUACAGAACAACCACUCAAUGAAAAGCUUUCACGUUCUGCUGAUGGCCUUGAUGGCCCUCGUUUCAUCAGCACAUGCAUAUUAUUAUCAAGCUUCGCUUGACAACCUUCCUUUCAUGGAUGGCAUGGCCUUCGCGCAACGAAAUAACUCACUGCUCCUUUUCGGCGGCGAAGGUCGUAUGGGUCUCACCAACAACUUUUACGAACUCACGCAGACGCCCAAGGGCUUCACCUGGCGUUCUUUGCCUCAGAACAACACUCCACCUCCCAACGUUUACUCGCAAGCCGUCGUGUCCAACUCUGGCAACAGCUUCAUCUUGUUCAUGGGUUCCACAGCAACGUCUCAGUCCAACCCGAACUCCACUAUUGCCACUUACUUCUACGAUUUUCAGAGUCAACAGUGGGCUGCCAACCCUAGUAACAACAACCCCAACGCCACCGGCCUGCCCAUCGCUCGCAAACAGUUCACGGCCACAGUGGAUAAAAAUGAUAAUAUCUACGUAUUUGGCGGUCAAACCAUGGCCAGCUCAAAUGGAUCUCCGGGCACGCCGCUAGGCGAUCUGUGGGUGUUUGAUAAAAACCUCAAUGCCAAACAGCUGGCGAAUGCUCCUUUACCUCUUUACGGCCAUACCACCACUUAUCUUAGCAGUGGUAAACUCGUUGUCAUUGGUGGUUCUCUCCCACUGAGUCCCGUCGAGAGAGAUUUGGUCAAUAUCAACAUUGUUCAGAUUUAUGACAUCGCCAGCAAUACAUGGACCAGCCAAACUACUAAAGUCAUGGGUAACGUGGUCGUGGGUGGUAGAAUGGGCCAUAAUGCCGUCGCCAUGGGCAACAAGAUUGUUAUUUUUGGAGGUACCAACGAUGCCAUCAUCCCCAAAAGACAAUAUACCAAUAGACUGGCGAUUCUCGAUACCGAUACCUGGACAUGGACCGUACCUGCUGUCGAUGGCAUUCUUCCUUCCAAGCGUGCCUAUGCUGCUGCCGCUUCGUUAGAUGGUCAGCACGUCACUGUCGGAUUUGGUGUAGCUCUUAACGCGUUUUAUAACGACCUGAAUGUGUUUCGAGUGAGCGACAAUUCUUGGAUUCGAGGAUUCGUCGAAGAUGACAACAAAUCUUCCGGUGUGUCUCCCGGUUUGAUUGCGGGUGUGACCGUAGCCGGUGUGAUUCUGCUUGUCAUCAUCUUGUUUUUGCUUUGGCGCUUCAAAUCAUUCAUCAGCUUCGUCGUCGUUCGUAUCCAUCGCGAUAUCUGGAAGCCACGUACCGGUGAACCUUUAUGGGCCGAAACUGCACGCAUCAUUUUCCAAGUGCUUUUCCUCUUCCUGUUCGCUUGUUUCCUUGCUUUCGUGAUCCGCCAAGCGGUCCAGAGUCCCAAUGUUACACAGCGCAUUCAAGAAGCAGCUUCCACCGUGCAUUUGCCCAAUAUUCGCUUCUGCUUUGAUGGCUGGCCAGCCAUUGCCGCCACGAGUUUGGCUGAAGCGAUGCGCAAUCCUGCCAUUGCCUGCAGCACCAAUACGGGCUCCACCUGUUCCAACUUUAUUACGCCUCUGAAUAUGAGCAUGUUCACACCUUCCUUCUCUGACAAUCUCGGAGCUGUGUCGUGCUUCCAUUUCCAAGCCCCUUCCAACUUCACCAUGGCCGAUACGUCGGGUCGCAAUGACGGAUCCAAUUUGAUCUUUACGCUCUUGGGUGACCAAAAUAUCACCAACGGUCGCAUCCACGUGUCCGUGUAUCCCAAACAGAUGGAUCCCAACAUUCUUGCUUACAACCUUCCUUCGGACGAACCAGUCCUCAUGUCGGAUGUUGCGCUUGGCAACUGGAAAAACAGAGAGCGCAACGAUAUGCAAGUCGGCAACGUGUACGAUAUCGAGCCCUUCACUUACAGUGUCAUGUCCUAUCAGUUAAUCGACCACAAGUACCUGCAAGAUAAGGGCUGGAAUUACGUCGGCUUCCUUCCCAUCUACAACAACACUCCCGAGGUUGAAAGCAUGUUCAGAAUGGAAGCGCCCAACCCCAACUAUAUCAGCACGCACGGUUUCGGUGAUCUCGGUAUCUUUUCUGUUUUCCCCGAAGGUUUCAUUGAAGUGACCGAUCGCGAAGUCAAGCUUUACACUUUACUCAACGCUCUCGGUUUCGUCGGUGGUGUGUUCGGUUUGUUGAUCGCCGUUCAAGCUUGGUUAUUCGGUUUCCGUCCUCGAUCUCCCUGGGGUGUGGUGCACCGUUGGUCCGUCGGUGACAUGAAGCGUUCUUUGCUUCGUGGUUUAUCGUCCAAGUUCAAAACGACCGACUCCGGUAUUCCGCUCGUGCAUCCUGUGCAUUCACGCUUCAGCGUCAGUGACUUUAACAACCUUGGCAUGGAAUCGGAAGCUCAGCGUGUGGCGCGAGUGGAAGAACGAAUGCAAGUUCUCGAACUGUUAUUCAAGGCUUACUACGUCGAUGAUGAAGUGUUCCGAUCGCUCGAUAAUGCCAACAAGGUCGCUAGUCCCGAUUCCCCAUUACGCAACCGUAACCCGUUAUUCCCUUCGACGGAAAAAGUGACCGAAGAUUACCCCCGUGGUAAGGAUAAUGAUGGAUUCGCACACAUGUUCCAACAACGUCCAGCGAGCUUAGCCAGCAUGAGCAGUGAUUCCACCUCCCAGCGCCAUCUGAACGCCAAUGGUGGUCAAGCAGACAAAUAUCCCUUACGUGAUUUGUAAACCCGUUCCUUCAUUUUUAGGCUCUCUUAUCUGAAGGAAUUAGUCUGAUUUUUGUUUUUUUGUUUUCCCCAGCCAUCAUUUCUUUAUCACCCAACAUAUACACAUCUUUUUGUUUUUCCCUUAUUUUAUUUUUUUUCGCCCUUUCUGUUUAUUCAGACAAGAUUUCUCACCUAAUUUAAAAAAAUACCUACCGUUGAAAUCGUUUUUUUUUCUAAAGUCUCUUUGCUUGAUAAGCCUACAUGGAUGCCGUGUUGCCACUAUAUCUGAUCCCGUAUAAUGCACGGUUAAACAUUCGAAAUAAGCUGA